AUGCCAGCUGUUCUCAUUACAGGUGCGACAGGAAACCAAGGAGGCUCCCUCAUCAGAAGUCUCGUUGCCAGAAAGUCCCCUCUGGAGAUUUUGGCCGUCACUCGCAAUGCUCAGUCUUCGUCUGCCCAAAAAUUGAUCAAGUUGUCAUCGAACAUCAAACUGGUGGAGGGAAACCUGGACGAUCCCGCAGUACUUUUUAAAAGUGCUCGUCAAGUGACACAAUCUCAUAUCUGGGGAGUCUACAGUGUUCAGGUUGCCAUUGGAAAUGGCGCACUAGAGGAGGCACAGGGAAAAUCCCUUGUUGACGAGGCGCUGAAGCAAAAUGUUCAAUUCUUCGUGUACAGCUCAGUGGAUCGCGGGGGCGACGCUUCUUACAACACUGCGACCAGAGUUCCGCACUUCAUCAACAAGUACAACAUCGAACAUCACCUUGUCGAAAAGUGCGAAGACACCGACAUGAAGUGGUUCAUUCUCCGACCCUCCGCCUUUAUGGAGAAUCUCGUUCCAGGAUUCUUCGGAAAAGUCUUCGCAACUAGUUUCAAGAUGGCACUCAAGGGCAAGCCUUUGCAGACGAUCGCGGCCAGUGAUAUCGGAUUCUUUGGAGCAGAAGCCUUCAUGCGCCCUGAGAAAUAUCAGAACCAGGCCCUCUCACUCGCUGGUGAUGAGUUGACAUACGAUCAGUUUGCUGAGAUCUUCCAGCGGAAGACGGGUCAACCGAUUCCUUCGACGUAUCGGUUACUAUGCUCUGUCUUCAUGGCCUCUAUGAAAGAUAUGGGCUACAUGUUCAAGUGGUUCCAUGAUGGCGGCUACAAGGCGAACAUUCCCGAGCUGAAGAAGAUCCACCCGGGAUUGAAAGAUUUUGGGACAUGGCUUGAAAAGGACAGUGGAUUUGCGAAAAAGUGA